AUGACGCUUUUCCUAAAAGUGUCAGCUCAGUGUCAAGAAGAAGGAAUUGACUACACAGAUAUCUUUGCUCCGGUUGUAAAGUUGACAACAAUCCGGUCGGUCCUGAGUAUUGUCGCAACGGAGGACUUGCAUCUAGAGCAGUUAGAUGUGAAAACUGCUUUCCUCAAUGGUGACUUAGAGGAGGAAAUAUACAUGCAACAACCAGAUGGAUUCUCUGUCAAAGGAAAGGAGAAGCUGGUGUGCAAGUUGAAAAAGAGCCUGUAUGGCUUGAAGCAAGCUCCGAAGCAAUGGUACAAGAAGUUUGAUGGAUUCAUGCAGAAAAAUGGCUACAUGAAGUGCAAUGCUGACCAUUGUUGUUACUUCAAGAGGUUCGAGUCCAGCUAUAUCAUCUUGCUACUUUAUGUUGAUGACAUGUUAGUAGCCGGCUCAGACUUGAACGAAAUCAAGAAGUUGAAAAGACAGCUUUCAGCGGAGUUCGAGAUGAAGGACUUAGGAGAAAUACAAAAGAUUGUUGCUUUAUCCACUACAGAAGCAGAGUACGUGGCAAUCACCGAGGCUAGCAAAGAAAUGAUCUGGUUACAAGGGUUGUUGGCAGAAUUGGGUUUUGAUCAGACGAAGAAUGUCUUGUACAGCGAUAGUCAGAGUGCGAUACAUCUGGCAAAGAAUUCAGCAUUUCAUUCUAGAACGAAGCAUAUUGGACUUCGUUAUCAUUUCAUCAGAUCUCUGUUGGAGGAUGAGGUGUUAAUACUUGAAAAGAUCCAAGGAGCUCAAAAUCCAGCCGACAUGCUUACAAAGGCAGUAACCAUUGAUAAAUUGAACACCAACCUAGAUCAUCAUGAAUUUCGUUGUGUAAGCACCUACUAUGAUGAAAUUAAUUAUUGCCACAAAUGUAGAUGUUUUGGUAUGAUGAGUAAAAAAGUAGUUCCGAAGAAAAUUCAAGGUGCUGCUUCCAUUGAUGGAGUCUUUACUCUACACAAAGAUUCUUUCAUAAUCUCUGACGAUCUGCGGAUCUUGCCGAAUGAGACGGGAAUCUUAGGAUUCAUCGCCAUUCUCGGCAUUGCAGACAUGGAUGAGGCUGAGAUAAUCAAAUUCGAUUUAGGGCUCAGUGAGCUUACGAAGCUUUUAAAGGCAUCCUUGACCUCUCCAACUCCAUUAUCGGACCUCAUCAUGAAUAAAACGCAAGAGAUGAACAUAAACUCUAGAAUGAUGGAAUCGGCUCAAUCAAAUAUCUCCUCACCUGAGAUUGCAAGGGAAGAAAAUCCCAAGUCUAGGAAAUUGAGUUUGAAAGUGAUGAUACAGAAGUCUUCGGGUAAGUUUUUGUAUGCUCAAGCUAAGGAGGAGUUUGUGGAGUUCCUAUUUAGUUGCUUCAAUAUUCCGCUAGGAGGAGUUGAGCAUCUUCUUUCCGGUAAGGCUUGCGUUACGGCUAUAGAUAACUUGUACCGGAGCACACUCGAUGUUAUAGAUGACAAGUAUUUCAAGAGAGAUAUGAAAAAGAGAGUAACGAAACCCAAUGUGGUUCAUGGUUGUAUUUCCAAACACCACAUUCUUCCCCUCGUUGAAGAGCCGUUGCCUUUUGCUUACUAUGAUGAUUGUUACUUUUCUUCUUCUAAGUUAUACAAAGGCCCCGGGCGUUAUCUUGAAGGACCGCGAACUUAUCAGGUGAAGGAUGAUUUAACCGUGGUGCCCUUUUGUACUGUCUCGAUUCUUUCCGGUCUCAGGGCCAAGAGAAUCUCCAUAUCUGAUGUCGAAGAAGUGGAGAUGCAAAUCGGACUCAAAGAGGCUUGUAGCAUUCUGAAAGCCUCUCUUACUUCUUCUACUGCCCUCACUGAUGCUUUCUUGGCUCACAACAAAUCGCUUGAACAACCAAAGGGAGAAGAAGUCUGA